GUAGACCCAGUUAUAUACGUUGGGGAGCUAUCGUGUUCCAGUGCGUGCUGCCAUGUCGAGGUUGGCGAGAUGAGAUUCAUUGCGACCAUCAGUGGAGAUGUGGAUCCCCUCAUCGCGUUCGCCUUUCUCCACGUCUUCAUUGAAAUACUCCGCGACUACUUCGGCAUAGUCAGCGUAGCAACUCUCAAGGACAACUUUGACAUUGUAUACCAACUUCUUGAGGAAACGCUCGAUUCAUCUGGACAUCCACUGACAACCUCACCGAACGUGUUGAGCGAUAUAGUACUCUCGCCUUCCUUAAUCUCGAAGCUUCUCGCUUCGGUAUCACCAGCUACUCCAGGAGUUCCAAGCGCGAGACAAGGAGGCUAUGGAGCUUUUUCAUCGCCGAUACCAUGGUGUAAAGCUGGGGCUCGACAUAAUCACAAUGAGAUCCUUUUUGACGUUGUCGAAGAAAUGCGAGGCAUAGUCGGCAACACAACGUUAGUGAGCAACGUGUUUGGUAAAAUUGAGAGCAAUGCGAAACUUUCCGGGACACCCGACCGGACAUUGACAUUCACGAAUGCAAAUGUGAUGACAGAGUGCGCGUUUCAUCCAUGUGUGCGGUUACAGAAAUGGACACGCGACAAUGCCUUAUCUUUUGUACCUCCUGAGGGCCGGUUCAUUCUUGCAGACUAUCAGUAUAGACCACUACAAAGCGCGCUCAUCAGCAACGUGCCCAUACCACUUUCCCUCAAAGCGAAUAUGGACAUGGGAGAGUUUGGCGGAACAUUUGCACUCACGCUGACCUCCCGCUUGAUAAAAGUGAUGGAGAAUCUAGAGCUGAAAUUCUAUCUCGGAGAAGACGCGACUAACGCGCAGUGCACAAUGUCAAGUGCUGGUUCAAGCGUAGGAUCUGUGGGAAGCGCAGAUGGAUCAUGGGCAUUUGAC